CUUGGGGCGGGGAGGGGUGUUUGUGUCCCCCCUCCCCGGGGCCGCGGGGUGCCGGGGCCGGUCCCUUCCCUCCCCUCCGGGGCUGAGGAAGCGGAGGGAGCCGUGGAGUCGUUCUGCAUAUUAAUGAGCCGGGAGCAAGGGCAGCGGGAGCUGUUUUAAAAGAGGACAAGGGGAGGAAAGCGGCAGAGCGCAGGCAGCGGCAGGCAGCGGCAGGCAGCCGCUCUCUGCUGUCCUCUCCCUGGUGACAUCCAGCCCCAGGGACAAGGAGGGACAAACCCGAGGGGAGCAAGCACAUUUCAAAUCCCUGGCAUCUCCUUAGGUACCUGCUGCCUCACCAUGAAGCUCCUGACAGCAGCUUUGCUUGUGCUGUUCAUCGCCAUGUGCUUGGCCAGCACAGAGGGCGUGAAGUGCAAAUGCUCGAGAAAAGGCCCCAAAAUAAGGUUCUCUAACGUCCGGAAGCUGGAGAUCAAACCAAGGUACCCGUUCUGCGUGGAGGAGAUGAUUAUCGUGACUCUGUGGACGCGGGUGAGAGGGGAGCAGCAGCACUGCCUGAACCCCAAGCGCCAGAACACCAUCAGGCUGCUCAAGUGGUACAGAGUAUGGAAAGAGAAAGGCAGGGUGUAUGAAGAAUAAAAGGAAGCAGCGUGCGGAAUGGAGCAGACUCCCUUGGCUGGUGUAGGACUGGGCUCUGCAGAAAAGUCUUUCUUGCUCACAGACAUAAGACACAAAUUCUGUAUUACUCUGUUAUAUAUAUAAAAGAGGCACUUUUUACCAAGGGUCAGUUUUUACAUUUUAUAGCCAGCCACCUGCUUCCAGAUGCCACAACAUCUGCUGCACUCCAGGUCCCACACCCGUCUGCUCCGUCCCCAGGCUGGGAGAACUCCUGCUUUGCGUUUUCAAGAGGUUUGGUUUGGUUUUGGGGGGGUUGUUUUUAUUGUUAUUCAUUCAUACUUCACUAUGAUUGCAAUCGAGCUUUAUAAGCUCACUAGACAGUCAGACACAGUUGCUAAGGAGUCGGUUACACAGCCGCGCCCCUCGCCCCGCUGCGGCGCCGUGCUCGGGCAUCGCACUCGCAGCCUCCAGCGUAGCUGGGCAAAGCAGGGACCAAAGACAAAGUCUGCCGGGGAAGAUGCCACUGAAAGGUGUUGGCUGUAAGCACAGAACCGAGGUCCCUCAGCAGGCGGUCAGGCGAGUGUGGAGCCCACGCGUGCGCCUCUCCGGCGAGGGGCUGGAAGCCUUGCUGCGAGGGGGCGCAGACCGCGGCUCCCACUCGGUGUUGCACGCAGCGGAGAGCAGCUCUGGGUCGGUUUUAUUGCUACGGAACUGUUGGGUUUGGUUUCUUUGUUUCCACCUGAAGUUCUUACAGCAAGUUUGUGGCUCCAGCACUAAGACAUUUUAAGCUUCAAGACUUGUGUAUGAUUUCCUAGGUUUAUAGCAACGACAGCAAGCCUCUCACAGGCACCUUUUUAUGGAGGGGGGAGAUAAAUUAUAGGGCAAGCAUAUAAAUCCCUACCUGUGUCUUAGUCACAGUACAACAUAUUCGUUAUUUUGAAUGUAACACUUCAGUGUUGAGCAGUGCAUUCCUCUUUUCGACCUGACAGAGCUACCCUUCCCCUUUGCAAAUGAGCUGUAGGAAGUCUCCCUGUAUUCUCUUUCUGUAUGAUGUACUGUAUUGCUCCACCACCCUAUGCUAUUUAAAUGUUUGAAAUAUUUUAGAGGUUGCAUGCAGAUUUCAUAUUUCUUUCUAAGACCAAUGGGGAGAAAAUUAAAAGUAAUAAAAAUCUAUUAAAAAAAUAA